UUCUGUGGUUUUACAAUAGAAAAUAAACUGUUAACCGAUUCAGGAACCUUGGAAGUUUUAAAAGUUUGCUGUUUUUAGGAUUUUUUAUUAACGAAGAUGAAUCGUGAAAAACUAGAGGAUCUUCAGAGAAAUAUAUAUUAUUCUGAUAAAUAUUACGAUGAUGAGUAUGAAUACAGGCAUGUAGUUUUACCGAAAGAAAUGGUCAAAUUAGUUCCUAAAACGCAUUUGAUGUCUGAGGAUGAAUGGAGAAGUAUAGGUGUCCAACAGAGUAAAGGUUGGGUACAUUACAUGAUGCAUACACCAGAACCCCAUAUUUUAUUAUUCAAAAGACAGAUAACAUCACCACCACCAAAAGAAGAGGAUUAGUGCUUAUGUGAUAACUCUUUGUACAUUUGUUUAUAUGUUAAGUUUUUUGUCAUGGGAAUGCGUUUCAUUAUGGAAAAAUCAUCUGUACUGGCUGUAAUGAGUUAAAUGCAAAAUGCGUUCUGCUGUGUUGAAUAUUUUCACAUUUAUAUGAAAACAUUUUAUUCUUUUAGUAAAUAAAAUUUUUAAAUUA